UCAGGGUGUGUGUGUGUGUGUGUGUUUGUGUAUAUAUAUAUAUAUACUUUCAGACUUCACUCCUAAAACAUUUUUUGUUCAUUCCAUUUAGAUGUCCUUCAAAGUGAAUAUAAAACCUGGCAAUUACAUAUUUUAUAUCUGUGUAGUUUAGGUGAAGAGGAUGCAUUUCUGAGAUGAGUCGCUUCUAUUUUAGUAAUGCUGACUAAAAACCGAAAAGAUUACAGCGGCGUGAUAACCCUCCACAAACCUGUCCCACCACAUCUGCUCUACCAUACGCCUCCAGGAAGUGUUGGGCAGAAGUCAUCAUCAGUGGUGAAGUGUCCAUACAUCCAUAGAAGUGUGGCUCAGAAAUCGACCAGGGUCGUUACAGGGCCAGGAUCAGAGGCUGAUGAGGUAUACCCACACUCUCCCUGCUCAGUGAAACAUCUACAGGAUCAGUUUCUUUCCAAACGGCAGGAGGCAGACGCCAUCACGCAGCCGCUGCUGGACACUGAGAAUGGAUUCAUCAAGGAUCUGGAACAUUUUCUGAACCACAGAGACAUGCUGAGUGUGAGGAAGCGUGAGCUACUGCACAAGCGCUGGACGGAGUGUGUGUGGUGGCCAGUACAGCGCAGCGUCGAACAGCGCUUCACACGCCGUCGUUGUGAAGGGGCAGAGCCAACAGAAAUGAUGCACACAGGCUAUGUCAACUACAGCACCAAGGUCAGCACGGCUCUCUUGAAGGAUCCAUUGUUUCUCCACUCGCUUUCAAGACUGGAGGAGAACAGAGCAGUCCUUCACUGCCGAACAGGUUCCAAACAGAGCUCACACCUUACAUUAAAUUAUUGGAGCGUCUAAAAACUGAAUUGACUUUUGCCCUGUGUCACAGGAUGUGUGGAUGGCUAUCAGUGGAUGGCAUCAUCAGAGGAACUGGGCAGGAACAAGAGAGAUCUGCACAGAGGCAGCAGGUAAGGAAACAAAGCAAAAUGGCUUCAUGAAAAGAACGUAGCAGAUCAUAAUGUUUUGUUUUCCACCACACAGGACUCAAGGCCCUGUUUACAUGGCUACGGCUGAUGGGCGGUGCUUCCGGCCUGAAUGCUGGUCCGCGAUUGGUCUGUCUCGUAGCUAUUCCGAGAGGUCAUGACAUGACACUGUAUAUCCUCUAGUUCAUCCAGUCACCACUGUGAAUAACUUUCCAGGUUUUCUGUUUCAGAGUGUGGUAUAUUGUUUCUGUCUCAUGGUUAAUA